UUAGCCCACAUGCACGUCUUUAACGAACGUUUUAUUGUAUGCGCAAACGAGAACCGAGAGGUCGAUUUUGCCAAUGGAUAUAUGUCAAGCCCUCAUGCUCCCUGAAGGCAGCCAGUCAUGAUUGUCUAAUCCGAAGGUCUUUUCGGAUCGUUCCGCUCCCGUUUCUUUCCUUUCGUAAAAGACUGUCCCGUGUCCCUGAUUCAAGCGCGCCCCCAUGCUCUUGACGCUGCCUACUCCGCGUGGAUCCGUCUGUGGGUGAAUGACUGCCAGACCAGCAGAAGAAUGGCUCUACCUCAAAGGAAUAUAUCGGGCAAUAAGACAAGUUCAUUUUGAUCUAAAACUCACACAUUUGGAUAUCUGAACUGAGGGAUCCACUGUUUCUUCUUCUCCUACCUUCAGCUUGUAGCAAUUAAGUCGUAUCGCUUGGAUUUUUUUCAAUGCAAUUCUUUUGUUUGAGAAGAGGGAAAGAACCAUCAGGUUAAGCGGACUUUGGCUGUCCGCUCUCUACGAGGGAAGUGAAUCUUUUUCAGUCUCACUUGCAACAAUUUUAUCGGGGCAGGGAUGUCAUCGGCACGGGUAGAUUACAUUGCACCAUGGUGGACGUAUUGGCUCCAUAAUUUCCCCCAUAUCAACUUGAGGUUUCAGCCAGUCGAUCACACGUUCUUGCCGGAGGACGCGAAUUACCAGCAGACGCUGAUCUUCCUGGCGUGCGUGGCGGCGGCCGGCCUGGGCAUCAACCUGCUGGGGCUGGCCAUCUACCUCAGCUGCCUGUGCUGCUGCCGCAAGGAGGAGGAGGAGGACGAGAGCAAGAAGCCCAACUCCUGCUGCGUCACCUGGUCCGCCGUGGCCGCAGGACUCAUUUGCUGUGCCGCCGUGGGAGUGGGUUUCUAUGGCAACAGCGAGACCAACGACGGAGUGUACCAGCUGACCUACUCCCUGUACAACGCCAACCACACGCUGGGCGGAGUGGACAACCUGGUGACCGGCACCAUGGGCAGCAUGGAGAGUGGCCUGACGCAGCACCUGUCGCGGCUGGACGAGAUCUUCGCGGCGCGUGGCGACUUCGUGCAGACGCUGCAGUUCAUGCAGCAGAUGGCCGACAGCAUCAUCAAGCAGCUGCUGGGCCUGCCCGACUGGGAGCAGCUCAACGUGGACCUGGCCGCGCUCGCCACCCAGACCGCCCGCGUGGAGUACUACAGGUGGUUGACAUACCUGCUGAUCCUGAUCCUGGACCUCAUCAUCUGCCUGGUCGCCUGCCUCGGCCUGGCCAAGCAGUCCCGCUGGCUCCUCACCACGAUGAUGGUGUUCGGAGUGCUGACGCUAAUCCUGAGCUGGGCCUCACUGGGAGCCGACAUCGCUGCUGCUGUGGGCACGAGUGACUUCUGUGUAUCGCCGGAUAAGUUCAUCAUGAACCAGACGAAGGAUCUGAUCAGCUCAGAUAUUGUCCAUUACUACCUGUACUGCAGCCAGACCCUGCCCAACCCUUUCCAGCAGUCCCUGACGGUCUUCCAGAGGUCUCUGACCACAAUGCAGAUUCAGAUCCAGGGCCUGCUGCAGUUCGCUGUGCCUCUCUUCCCCACGGCCGAGAGGGACCUGAUGAGCAUCCAGCAUUUGUUGAAUGCCUCCGAGGCCAGUCUACACCAGCUCACAGCACUGCUGGACUGCCGGGGCCUGAACAAGGACUACCUGGAUGCCCUGAUGGGUGUGUGUUAUGACGGUGUGGAGGGGCUGCUGUACCUGUGCCUCUUCUCCCUGCUGGCCUCCUGUGCCUUCACCGUCAUGCUGUGUGCCAUACCACGAGCCUGGAGGCAAAUCGCCAGCAGGGAGCGUGACUACGACGACAUCGACGAGGAGGACCCGUUCAACCCGUCGGCACGUCGCAUGACGGGCCACACCCCCGGUCCCCACGCCAACAUGCACAGCUUCUGCAGCUACAGCAGCAGCAUGGGCAGCCAGACGAGCCUCCACCCGCCCCCCGCCCAGACCGUCAGCAACGCGCCCGUCUCCGAGUACAUGAACCAGACGGCGCUGUUUGGUGGGAACCCUCGUUAUGAGAACGUCCCUCUGAUUGGUCGAGGCUCUCCUCCCCCUUCGUACUCACCGACCAUGAGGGCCACAUACCUGUCCAUGACGGAGGACCAGAUACGACAUUUUGGGAACGACUUCCAAGCAUAGGCCUGCGGAGUCACUUCAACGUCACUCUGUGUCUUCUCCACAAUUUGAAAGUGAAAUUCAUAUGGUCAACACCAAUACGCACGCACACACACACACACGCAGAGGAAAUAAUAUCUUUCCAAAGAAAUGAAAAUAUGAGUGUGUGUAUGCCAGAAAGAGAGAAAGAGAGAAAGAGAGAGAGAGAGAGACAUAGACAGUGUGUGUGUGUGUGUAAUAGUGGUCUCAGGACUAGCCUGCUGCUUUUGGACAAUUACCUUUGGAGAAGGACAAGGAGCUGGAGGAAGAGGAGGAGAAGAAAGAGUGCUUGAGAGUCCACACAGACGUCGCCACAAUUCCUGUCUCGUGUCAUACAGUCCACAGCAUCUCAGGACUAUUCAACAAUGCAACCGGUCAUCCUCUGUCCUUCUCGGCUGUCCUCUGCCUCUGGUCUCCCCUGGUCUCAGUAUCCACCUACUCCCCUCCUCAGCCUAACCGUCAUAUCAAAGUCUGUAUCUGUCAUAUCACUUAAAUGUUACUUAAAUGUUUUCGUGCAUUGGAACAUACAGCACACCAGCUCUUCUGUCUGUCUUCCUUAAAUGCUGGUAGUUUAUGAGCAAGGAUGGAAUCUUGAAUGGUAACAAAAAAGCACAUCUUUUGAACA